UCGCCCUCAUUCGAGUCACACUAGAGAAGUGGGCAAUAACAACACUCACCGAGUCGCUUUCAACAACGCCCAACAUUCCUCACAGGUGACAUCAGCGUGUAGAGGUCUCUAGUCCUCUAUAAAAACUACCACCACUCUCUACAACCACAAUGGGCUCCAAGCACGUCGCCAAUGGCAUCGGGAAAGCCAUGCAGCAUCUCGACAUCGACGGGCACGAACUGCCACCUUCGCCGGCACCCUCCUCGCCUUCGAACGGCCGCAGGUACAACUUUGCGACCGAGCUCGUGUUCACCGAGAGCGGCGACCAGUACGGCUCCAGCAGCAUGCCCAUCUACCAGACGGCCACCUUCAAAGGUCUUCCCGGGCAAGAGUACGAUUACACCCGUAGCGGCAACCCAACGAGGUCGCAUCUAGAGCGGCAUAUGGCGAAGAUCAUGGGCGCCAACAGAGCGUUGGUCGCUGGCUCGGGCAUGGGAGCUCUCGACAUCAUCACCAGGCUUCUCAAGACUGGCGAUGAGGUCGUCACCGGCGACGAUCUGUACGGCGGAACCAACAGACUUCUCACCUACCUGAAAAGGAGUCAAGGAAUUGUAGUCCACCACGUCGAUACCACGAAAGUGGAUGUCGUCAAGGCUGCGAUUACGGAGAGGACUGCCAUGGUGCUGCUGGAGUCGCCCACGAACCCUCUGAUCAAGAUUUGCGACAUCAAUGCCAUUUCAACAGCGGCGCACGAUGUCAGUUCGAAGAUCAUUGUCGCGGUGGACAAUACCAUGCUCUCGCCAUACCUUCAAAAUCCACUCGAUCUGGGUGCAGACAUUGUCUACGAGUCGGGCACAAAGUAUCUCUCCGGUCACCACGAUGUCAUGGCUGGGGUGAUUGGAGUGAAUGAUGUGAAGCUGGGCGAUGAUCUGUACUUUAUGAUCAACAGCACGGGCUGUGGCCUGGCGCCGUUUGACAGCUGGUUGCUACUUCGUGGCGUCAAGACUCUCGCCGUGCGCAUGGACAAGCAGCAGUCCAACGCCAUGGCAAUUGCGGCGUAUCUUGAGAACCACGGCUUCAAGGUGCGCUAUCCUGGCCUGCGAUCGCACCCACAAUAUGCGCUUCAUUGGAGCCAGGCACGCGGUGCAGGCGCCGUGUUGUCAUUCGAGACUGGCUCUAUUGAGCUGUCCGAGCGCAUUGUGGAGAGCACCAAGCUCUUUGGCAUUAGCGUUUCAUUUGGCUGCGUCAAUUCACUCAUUUCCAUGCCUUGUCGCAUGAGCCAUGCAAGCAUUGACCCAGCGACGAGAAAGGAACGCGCACUGCCAGAGGACAUCGUUCGAUUGUGCAUUGGCAUUGAGGACCUGGAGGACUUGCGUGAUGAUCUGACACAGGCACUUGUCAGGGCAGGAGCUGUCAAGCUGACAGCUGACAGCUUUAGAGCGCUGAACGCACAUGAGGUCGAGGGUGAGAGCGGGACGACCACACAGGUGGUGGAUGAGCCUUGAGCAUCUCGCGAACUGUAUUAUGUAGUGCUUGGCGACUGGCAGCGGCCAGCGCAUCAACACGACACCGAGAGCUGUUACUUUCAAUCACGUCACCGCCCGAUGAGCAUGUUUGAUGAGCAUGUUUUGGGGGGGCGCAUCGCAAUCAGUGUCUGGUUGGAACAGUCGCUUGGCUUUCGAACAUGGAUGUCGAAUCGUCGAUACCUGAGGACCAAUACAGAUGUACGCAGUG